ACCUCCGCCGUAUCUUCCACCACCACCACCCCGCUACCCACGCCGCGCAAGGACCCGUCAUCGCUGUCUUCUUCGCCUUCGGUCUCGAAACGCUCAAGCUUUGCUGAAAACCUCAACCAUCGACCACAUCCAGCUUUUCCUAGAGCGCAGCGGACACACUCAUUCUCAGGCGCUGCCCUGACGGAACUGCUCAUGCAUCCUACCAAUAAAAGCAAUGGGUCAGACCCGCGCUUCAAAGGCCGCGACUGGCGGACCAUAGAGAUCCACGAGAUCGUCGACACGGGAGAAGCACGCUUCGUGGAGCUGGAUACUAGCAUUGAAGACACGACCAAGCUGCUCAUCCGCUCCGGAGCGCCCAAUGUCGUACUGGUGAGGGAGUCACAUAAGACUAAAACCGCCCUCAGCACAUUCGACUUCUCCGACCUCAAUGCCUAUCUGCUGCUUGUGCUCGGCUUGUCGCAGCCAGACGACGCAGCAGCAGAGCUCGCUGAUCGAGCUCGGCGAGGAGAUGUCAUCCCUCUGAAAGACGUGCAGCAUCAUCUUGGGCCGAGAGAGGAGCCGGUCAUCUUGCCUCACACUGCGACCCUUUCUGCUGCCAUGGAAGUUCUGGGGACUGGACACCAUAGAGUGGUGAUCACAAAAGGGGGCAGCACAGAGGCGAUAAGCGUUCUCACUCAGCUAAGACUCGUGAGGUUCUUCUGGGACAAUCACGAGAAUUUUGCCGCGACUGAGGCAUUAUACUCAGUAACCCUGAAAGACCUGGAUCUUGGAGCGAAAGAAGUGCUUGCCAUUAAUGGUGACAAGCCAGUCGCGGAUGCUUUAAAGCUUAUGCACAGCGAAGGUGUCACUUCUUUGCCUGUACUGGACAAUCAUCGCAAUGUGGUGGGCAACAUCAGUCAUGUCGAUGUCCGGCUACUGACAGACACCUCCGCAAUACCGCUCCUGUAUUCAACCUGCAUUCACUUCAUCGGCGUGAUCCUUUCGGAACGAGGAAUGUACGAUGGCAAAGACUCUUAUCCAGUGUUUCACGUCACCCCCUUCUCGACACUUGCACACACAGUAGCUAAGCUAUGCGCGACCCGCUCUCAUCGGAUGUGGAUCGUCGACGCACCAUCACCAAACACAAGCGUUCCUCCAUCGCCAGCACCAAAGCAUGCUGUUCCUCCGUUCAGCGUCCACACCAACACGAAGUCGGAUGAUGGUAUUCAUAUCCCACAACACAACACUCCAGCGACAACUCCAGUUCGAUCCAACAGCAUAAAUGAAAGCAUGACUCCAGCACCACCUUACACUUCGGCUGUCCCCGGCGUUAGCAUCGGUGCGGGACAGCUACCUGGUGCUGCUAUGAGCGGAAGACUAUCCGGAGUCGUGUCACUGACUGACAUUCUGAACCUUUUCGCCAGAGCGAGCGGACUCAAGCCUGGUGAUCCGGAGGAGACAAGACGGAAACGAAGGCAGAGUAGCAGCUCCAGCGUCAGGCCAAGUAUGGACAGUGUUCGA